GUACGGGUUUCGGUACAGAUACGUUAGCAAUUAUUAACGGCGGUGACCAAGUGAACGAGGUGGAUGCGAUUAUUGGCGUGUAAGCUCGGAGCUUCGCAAAGGAUGCCUUUCGAUGCGCGCGAGGCGACAGUUGAAUCCGUCCAUCAUGCAGUUUUCUCCGGUCUCUCGUCGUGUCGGGACGUUGUGUCAGCCUUCAUUGCUCGGAUUGAGGCCUACAACAACUUGACCAAUGCCGUCAUUACAUUGAAUCCUAAAGCCCUGGAAGUUGCGGAUUCCCUGGACGAAGCGCUUGCUGCUGGAAAUGCUACAGGUCCUCUAUUCGGCGUGCCGAUCCUACUGAAGGAUAAUUACGAUACUAUUGACAUGCCGACGACUGGAGGAAACCUCGCAUUGGCUGGAUCUCAGCCAACUGAGGACACGCCGACGGUGGCUGCAUUCAAGAAAGCCGGAGCCAUCAUUCUCGGAAAGGCUAACUUGCAUGAGAUGGCAUUGGAAGGAAUCAGCGUUUCGAGCCUCGGUGGCCAAACGAUCAAUCCAUAUGAUUUUACUCGCACGCCGGGAGGUAGCUCUGGAGGUACCGGUGCCGCAGUUGCUUCAUCGUUCUCCGUCUUCGGCACUGGCACGGAUACCGUCAACUCUCUACGAAGUCCUGCCUCAGCCAAUUCACUGUUUAGCAUUCGACCAACCAGGGGCUUGAUUACACGUGCUGGUAUCAUUCCCAUCUCGAUCACCCACGAUGUCAUUGGACCUAUCGCGCGGUCUAUCAAGGACGUUGCGGUCGCGCUCACUGUCAUGGCCUCCACUGGUUACGAUCCCGCCGAUAACUAUACUGCGCUUGUUCCUUCGCAUAUCAAAGACACGGACUACUCUGCGUCUCUCUCAUCUGGUACUUUGAAAGGCCUUCGACUAGGCGUUUUGAAUGGUUUCUUCAACCGCACUGAUGUACCUGAAGUUACCCCUGUCAACGAUGUCAUGGAUUCUCUCAUGGACAAAUUCUCAUCUGCUGGUGCAACUCUCGUCCCUAUCAACGAGACAAUCUACGACGCGAACAAGAUCCUGGCCACCCUCGACGUCCAACGCUUCGAGUACCGCGAACUUGUAGACGAAUACCUGCAACGUCCAUCCCUCGGAGGAUCGCACCCAUCCACACUCACAGAGCUCUACUCCAACAAGGCCACAAACUCCUCCUCCGGAGAAUUCCUCGUCAUACCCUCACAAUACGAAUACGUAAACACCGCCCUCAUCUCCUCCACCUCCAACGCCACCUACGCAGCCCGUCAAGCUGGAAUCCGCAACCUCACCCUCGCCCUCCUGAAUACCUUCGCCGCAAACAACCUCGACGCCAUCAUCUACCCGGAGCAAAAGAACCUCGUCGUCAAGAUCGGAUCGCCCUCGCAGGCCGGCCGCAACGGCAUCCUAGCUGCGUUAACGGGAACUCCCGUAGUGACCGUGCCCGCCGGGUUCUCGGCAGCGAGCGACGACGCGCCGAUUGGCGUACCGAUUGGCAUGGAGAUCUUGGGGCGUCCGUGGGAGGACGAGAAGUUGUUGAAGAUUGGGUAUGCGGUUGAGAAGUUGACGCAUGUUAGGAAGUCGCCAAAGUGGGCGGUCCAACAGGCGGAGGUGAAGAAUUAUACAGAGGUGCCGAAGAUUACGCCGGACGCGAAGAAUGUUAAUACUACUGCGUAUCCAAUGGGAACGUUGUGAUUAUGAUAGACAUAGUAGACAAUUUAUGAAUCAAU